GAAGUUCGCCAGUACUUCUGCAAGAUUAUAAAGGAAGAUGAAGAUGUUUCUGUAGGAGUAGCUGCUAUAAGAACACUUCUGGAAAUAAUCAAACAUUCAAAGUCUGAAACAGUUCAGGAGUUGGAGGCAAACUUGAAAGACGCCAUUUCUCAAAUGAAAAAUUCAAACUACACAGUUGCUGCCAUCAACUCUGGCUGUGAAUUAUUUUUAAGAUUCAUCACUUUGGCAUCUUUAGACACAAGGGAUUUUGAUGAGUGCAAAAAAAUAAUGAUGGACAGAGGACACUUGUUCAUCAAGAAGUUGGAUGAUUCAAGAGGGAAAAUAGUGAAAUUGGCUUCCAAUUUUAUAGGAGAUGGAUCGCGAAUUUUGACGCAUUCCAGGUCCAGGGUUGUUUUACAGACAUUGAGAAAAGCCCACAAGCAAAAUAAGAGAUUCGAAGUUUUUGUCACUAUAUCUGCUCCAGAUAACAUUGGAACGAGAAUGUGUAAAGACCUGGAAGCUGAAGGUAUACCAUGCACUCUUAUUUUGGAUUCCGCUAUAGGGUACAUAAUGGAACAAGUUGAUUUCAUCAUGGUUGGGACUGAAGGAGUAGUAGAAAGUGGCGGAAUCGUUAACAAGGUUGGGACCAAUACAAUGGCAGUUUGUGCGAAAGAAAUGAACAAACCAUUCUAUGUUUUGACAGAAAGUUUCAAGUUCUCCAGAUUGUUUCCUUUGGACCAACAAGACUUGCCUGAAGAAUACAAGUAUACUUCAGAGGUUAGGAAGAGUUGUGAUCUCAGAAAGAUUCAUCCUUUGGUGGACUACACUCCACCCUCAUACAUCACACUCUUAUUCACGGAUCUUGGUAUUUUGACACCGUCGGCAGUAAGUGAUGAACUUAUAAAAUUAUAUUUAUAA